UUCCCCUUUUUUCUGUUUCCCCCGUCCGACGCGGGCCGGCUCUGCGGUAGCGUUGGUGGAGGCUGGUUCUCGGCCGGGAAAGUUUGCGGCAGAGCGCCGCAGUCCCGGCAGCGCGGCCGGGCCGUGCAGGCAUGGCCGGCGGGGAAGGGCCGGUGUCCGGUGUGGCGGAGAGCCGGGAGCACCUCUUCAAGGUGCUGGUGAUCGGGGAGCUGGGCGUGGGCAAGACCAGCAUUAUCAAGCGCUACGUGCACCAGCUCUUCUCCCAGCACUAUCGGGCCACCAUCGGGGUGGAUUUUGCUCUCAAAGUCAUCAACUGGGACAGCAAGACUCUGGUGCGGCUGCAGCUCUGGGACAUCGCAGGCCAGGAGCGUUUUGGAAACAUGACAAGGGUUUACUACAAAGAAGCAGUUGGUGCUUUUGUGGUCUUUGAUGUCACAAGAGGCUCCACAUUUGAGGCUGUUUCAAAAUGGAAACAUGAUUUGGACAGUAAAGUACUUCUUCCCAAUGGCAGCCCCAUCCCUGCUGUUCUUCUUGCAAACAAGUGUGACCAGAAGAAAGAUGGCAGCCAGAAUCUUUCUCAAAUGGACCAGUUCUGCAGAGAAGGUGGCUUUAUUGGAUGGUUUGAAACAUCUGCCAAGGACAACAUCAACAUAGAUGAAGCUGCUCGAUUCUUGGUGGAAAACAUCCUUGCCAACUAUAAAACCUUUCCUAAUGAAGAGAAUGAUGUGGGGAAACCAAAACUGGACCUAGACCCAUUGAAAGCAGAGAGUAAAUCGCAGUGCUGCUAAUACUACCACUGUCUGACAAAUGUGAUGGAAUGAGCAGCAAGACUGUUCCUUAAAUCAAACUGCUGCUAUGGUGCUGCAUUGUGACAAUCCAUGUGGGGUGUCUGGUAUUAUCUGAACAGGUGAUUCUUGUGGGUGCUUACAUACUCAGUUUCAUGCUAAACAAGAGUAUCUUGUGAGUUCUCACUCUUCUUGCUUGAGUGGCUUCAUCUAAAUCUAAUUAGUGCUUACUUGGGAACAUAAGGUAGUGUUUACACUCCUAAAAAAAGAACAAAGACAACGUUCAGUGUCUACUUCGCACUCUAGGAUAUGCUACAUUCCAAAUAGGACUCACUCAUGGCUUUAGCUGAACAGUCACUUGCACCUCUGAAUAUUUUUCUUUUGUCACCAAUAAUGCCCUGCUUUAGCCUGAUUUCUCACCUAUACUUGUACAUAUCUGUCUCCACUAUGAGGGUCUGUCUCCUUGCUAGCUCUCUUGGAUCAAGACAUUCUGGAAGUCUUGAAGGGGCCAAUAUCAUCAUUGGUGUGUUCACCAGGAUCAAGUGGAAAAGGCUGCUUUCACCACUGUGUAAGAACAAGAUAGGUAAAGGUAAAUGAUUGUAUUUAAUGGAAAGGCACUGCUAUGCAGAUACUAACAAAAAUACAUUUUCAGCUAUUUAAAGAGUAUUACUUUCAGCUAAUACUUUACAUGUGAAGUAUAUCAAUACUGUUGAUUUCUGUCAUGUUUAUGGUAAUUCACUCGUACUCACACUUAGAAAUAAACAUACAGAAGUCUUUUCAUGCACUAACACAAAAAACUUUAGCAAGACUAGGUAAAAUAUCUUGCUGUCCUAUGACAAUGAACUUGCUUUUUCCUUUUUUCUGGAGAUGGUUCUAAAUAUUUUGAAUAAGAAUAGAUGCCUUGGAAAAAAUAAUUCAACUGGAUUUUUCUAGCUUGUCAAAAAUCCCCUGCCUCCUUUUUUAAUUUUAGAACAGUGCUGCACUCUUCUGACUACUCAGAGUUUGUGAACUGACUUACCAGUUUGUAGCUCUGAUUACUGAGAUGCUUACUUCCUUGUUAUAAUCCAUGUAUUUCUGGCAGCAGAUGAAGAUUAAAAGGAGUAGAGAACUUCAGUUCUUGGUCAUUUUCAUGGAAUUUUGGCUUUGCUAGGCUGAAACACUCUAGAGUUCUUCUUAAUUUUAAAGGGUUUCUUCUGUCUUGGUACCUCACUGCUACUGACUAAAUAAUUCUUUGCUUGCUUGUCUGAUACUGAUGUUUAAGUAAACAUCAGCAUGAAGUAUUUGCCAGAUGGGAUAUACUUAAUCUGUAUUGAAAUUACCUAGGCUGUUGUCUUUUCUAAAGAGUAACAUAUUUUUUAAGAGACAAAUAAAUAUAUUUGGGCAUCUUC